GCUCAGUCCGCGAGGAGGGCUGCCGCCCUGGGCCGGGGCUCUUCCUCACGCCUGGGGCGGAGGCGAGGACGCCGGGCCGGGAAGCCGCGGUGGGAUGCGGCUGACGCGGACGCGGCUGUGCUCGCUCCUCGUCGCCCUGUACUGCCUCUUCUCCAUCUACGCCGCCUACCACGUCUUCUUCGGGCGCCGCCGCCGGCCGCCGGGCACGACCUCUCGGGGCUCCAGGAAGGCGGCGGCGCAGGGGAAGGAGAGGCGCGGCCGAGAGCAGUCCGCUUUGGAGAGUGAAGAAUGGAACCCUUGGGAAGGAGAUGAAAAGAACGAGCGGCAACACAAAAUUAAAGCUAGCCUGCAAAUCGUAAACAAAUCCACAAAAGAAAAAAUAGAGCACAGAGUGCAAAUCUGGGGCAAAGCUGCCAUUGGUCUAUAUCUCUGGGAACAUAUUUUUGAAGGCACUCUUGACCCUCCUGAUGUGACUGCUCCAUGGAGGGAAGGACAGUCGGUUGUAGGAAGAACACAUUACAGCUUCCUCACUGGCCCAGCUGUAGUCCCUGGAUACUUCUCCAUAGAUGUGGACAAUGUGGUUCUUGUUUUAAAUGGAAGAGAGAAAGCAAAGAUUGUCCAUGCCACCCAGUGGUUAAUUUAUGCACAGAAUUUAAUGCAAACCCAAAAACUGCAGCGUCUGGCUGUGGUCUUGCUUGGAAAUGAACACUGUGAAAAUGACUGGAUCAUGCAGUUCCUCAGAAGAAAUGGAGGCUUUGUGGACCUGCUUUUCCUAACAUACGACAGCCCCUGGAUUAAUGGUGCAGACGUUCUCCAGUGGCCUUUAGGUGUAGCGACAUAUAGGCAGUUUCCUGUGGUUGAACCCAGCUGGUCAAUGCUGCAUGAUGAAAGGCCCUACAUAUGUAAUUUCUUAGGAACUGUCUAUGAAAAUUCAUCAAGACAAGCACUAAUGAACAUUUUGAAACAAGAUGGAAAUGAUAAACUUUGUUGGGUUUCUACAAGAGAACAGUGGCAGCCUCAGGAGACCAAUGAAAGCCUUAAGAAUUACCAAGAUGCUUUGCUUCACAGUGACCUCACGCUGUGCCCUGUAGGAGUGAACACAGAGUGUUACAGGAUCUAUGAGGCCUGCUCCCUUGGCUCGGUUCCCGUGGUAGAAGACGUGAUGACAGCUGGCCACUGUGGAAACACGUCCAGUCAGCACAGUGCUCCUCUGCAGUUACUCAAGGCCAUGGGGGCCCCCUUCAUCUUCGUCAAGAACUGGAAGGAGCUUCCUGCUAUUUUAGAAAAGGAGAAGACUAUAAUCUUACAAGAAAAGGUUCAAAGAAGAAAAGUGUUACUUCAGUGGUACCAACACUUCAAAACAGAACUAAAGUGGAAAUUUACUAAAACUUUAGAAAGUUCAUUUUUUAUGAAUAAUAAAGGUUAAUCAUAUCUAGUA